UAACCUAAGUACUUCGAAACCCUAGCCUCCACCCUCCACCGCCAAGCUCCGACGCGCUGCCUCCCCUUCCCGGACCUUUUCUCUUCUCUUUCAUCAAUGGCUUUCUUCACCGGCGGCGGCCGAUUCCGCGAGCUUCUCAAGAAGUACGGGAAGGUCGCAAUCGGAGUUCAUUUCUCAGUGUCGGCGGCUUCGAUCACUGGCCUCUAUGUCGCCAUCAAGAACAAUGUGGAUGUUGAAUCGCUACUCGAUAAGUUACACAUGGAUGGAUUCUCUUCCAAAGAUCAGUCGCAGACUAGUCCCGAUGAUGGACUAGUGAUCGAAGAAAGUCCUGCGUCGGAUAUUCAAUCGACGGUGGCGCAGGAGCCGAGGACGAGGAAUCGUACUGCAGAGCUUGCGGCGUCGACUGGCGGCGCGUUGGCUUUGGCCGUUCUUUGCAACAAGGCAUUGCUGCCUAUUCGGAUUCCGAUAACGAUUGGGCUGACGCCGCCGAUUGCGAGGAUGCUGGCGAGGCGAGGGAUUAUGAGAAGUGGUUAAGGAACUGAAUCCAUCUCAUUUCUUCUUCGUAAUCAUCUUUCAAGUAUGUUGGAUCGGCGAGUUAAUCUUUCAUGGCUUUGCUUCUUCUCGCGAUGAACAGAGUAUUGUGAUCCAUUUUCUACCUUCUUUCUAGAAUUUUUUUUUUCCAAGAAAGAACAGUUGUGUUGAUUAUAAGACACAUUCAGAGUAGAUGUUUCUGUUCAUCUUGUCAAAAUACCAAAUAAAUUUAAAAAAAUCCAACUCUCAGUUCUUCCACUUCGUAUUCAUUUGAUUUCACUGUACUUGCAAAGAUCCGAUCAUCUUUUUCCUUACAACAGAUUGAAUUCUAUGAACCUUAUGAUAGGAGCUUGUUGGUAGAGUUGAAAUCGCCUCAAAAGAACGAAAAGAAACAGAUUGAACACAUCGAAUUGAACCGAAUCGGUCCGACUGAACUGCGCUUACCUCUGAUUUUCUGGAUUUUUAGUUCUUCCGGCGACAUGAUUCAAGGCUCGGCCAUGACUGCUCAUUCAAGGCAUUGUAAACAAUGAGGCGAAUCUGAGGUGAAGGAGGUGGCGACCUACCAGAGGUAUUCGGCUGGAAACAGAGAGAAAAAACAGAGCCCUAAACUUACUGAAGCUUUCUGGCGAGCUCCAACGGCGUUCGACGACGAGUCCUUUCCCCGAUUGACACCACGAUUAGUUAAGAUUUUUCUCCGACGAUGCUUUUCUUGAAACGGAUUUUCCAACGAUGAUUUAUACCAACUUAAUUUCUUGCCGGUGAUGAACAUUAAAAUACCAAAAUCCAUCAC